AUGUCCGGCGUCCAGUCGUCGAUGUCGUUCCCCACCCUGCCGAAGUCUCCCGAGCUUCAGCAGGCCGAGUCUGGUCCUUCCACCUUCAGCCAAGCAGCGCUGCGGCAAGAGCCGCCUCGCAGUCGACCCUCGGCCGCCUCGCCCUCCGCCAGCGCCGUCUCGCUACCAGCGCGGCACUCGAUCGACUCGAACUUGACCAGCGACACCCGCGACCCGUCGCAGCCUUCCUCGACAUCAGCCUCGAUAGGGUUCCCCACCGCCGGCGUGCGUCCGGCCUCGCGGGCGUCCGCCGCUUCGUCCCGUCCCUCGUCGGUGGCAUCCAGCUCCUCGACCCGCGCAUCGUCCCAUGUCCCCGGCCAGCUGGCGGCGUGUCCGGGCAUCCUCAGCCCUGGGCUCGCAUCCGCGCUGGGUCUAGGCUCGUCGCUCCAGGCGGCGCCGGACGGCAGUCCGAUGGUGCGCAGGGAAAGCACCGGCUCCGGCCAGCACCGCAGGGUGCGGGCCCAGAGCACCCAGGGCCCAGGCUCGGGCAUCCGGCGCCCCUCGCUCCCCGUCGUGCCCAGUAUGCACCACCGCAUGAGCGUGGCCAGCGUGUCCAGCUUCGAGAGUCUGCCAGAGGACGAGAUCGUCCACGGCUUUGCACUCACCUCCGGCUCCGGCUCCGGACCCAGCAGCCUCGCCAAGGCUCGCCACAGCAGCUACGAGCGGUCGACGCCAGCGGGCAAGCACUCCGUCAACUUGGCAUCGCCCACCUCGACUUCGGCCGCAGCGAGGGCCGAAGCGCGAUCUCCCAGCCCCUCGUCGACCGCGGCCUUCUCUUCCUCCAUCCCAAGCCCAUCGAAGCUCUCGCAACAGCUCGACGCGGCCUGCUCGCUGCACGACCGUGAAGCUUCGACCGAUUCCUCGACGUCGGCAUCCAGCAUGUCGUCCCGUCCCGGUAUCCUCAAGCGAUCGGCCACCGAACCGUCGCAAAAGUUUGACCUGGUGCAGAUGCUCUCGCGCCGCAAGAACGCUGUCAUGGAGCUGCUCGAUUCCGAGAGGAGCUUCAUGUCGAGCCUCGAGCUGAUCGAUGCCGAGUACUACCAGCCGUUGAAGGCAUCGCUCGGCGGCGGCGGCGGCGGCGGCGGUUCCAGCGGUAACGCCUCGCCGACCCUGGCCUCCUCUGGCGCCGCGCCCAUUCUCGAACGCAAGGCCCUCGCCGAGAUCUUUUCCAACUUCUCCGACAUUCUGCACCUCAGCAAGGAGCUCCUGGCGCGGCUCGAGGCGCGGCUCGGCAGCGCUGCUGGUAGCGGGUCUCGGAUCCUCGCAAGGCCAUCCGGAUCAGAUGCAUCCCGAACAACGGCGGCCAACAAUAGACCUUGGGAUCCGGCACUCGACACGAUUGGCGACAUCCUGGUGCCCCUGGCGCCCUUCAUGAAGAUGUACAGCCUCUACGUCAAGAACUUCAGCAGCGCGCUGCAGCGGAUCGAGGCCGAACGCAAGGCGAACGAGGCAUUCGCUUCGUUCCUCAAGGAGACCGAGCAGCGCAGGCAGGCCAAGGAGGCGUCCAGCAGCGCUGCGACCGGCCGAAAGGCUUUCGGCUUCGGCCUCGGCUUUCAGGCGCACCUGCUCACCAUCGUCCAGCGCAUUCCGCGCUACAAGCUGCUCGUCGAUGAUCUGAUCAAAUCGACGCCCGAGUCGCACGUCGAUCGGCCCGAUCUGGUCAAGGCGGGCCAGACCAUCGAGCAAGUGGCUUCCUACAUCAACGAGAACGUCCGACAGCACGAGAUGGUACUGAUGAUGCUGUCGCUGCAGCGCUCGCUCCAAGGCCUGACGGAGCCGCUGGUGGUGCCCGGCCGCUCGCUCGUUAAGCGGGGCACGCUGAUGAAGACAUGCCGACGCAACGUCCAGCCCCGCGAGUUCUUCCUCUUCACCGACUGCAUCAUCUACGCCAGCCCCAUCAGCGGCGGGAUCGAGUCGGCCUCGGCGGCAUGGCUGGCGCUGGCGCAAAAGGGCGGGCUGUACGGCGCCGCAGCAAACGAACCGCCAGCGCAGGCGCUCGCAUCACCCGGCGACGCGACCGCAGCCAUCGAGUCGAUUGUGCCCCGCGCGCGGCUGCGCACCAUUUCGGGCCCCGAGCCCUACACGCCACUGGCGGGCGCCAUCUUUUCGCUGGCCGGCCACCAGCUCCAGUUCCGGGACAAGUUUCCGCUGCGCGACUGCACCGUCGUCAGCGUCGACGACCACUCUCUCCACGGCCUGCGGUACUGCUUCGAGAUCCGGACGCCCGGAAAGAGCUUCGCCGUCUACGCAGAGACCUCGGCGAGCAAGGAGGCCUGGGUUGCCGCGAUCCGAGAGGCCAAGGCGGAUCACAUGUCGGCGCGGAGGACGCUGCGUGCUGACGAGGACUCGAUCGAGGCGAAGCGGGACAAGCGCCGGUCGCAGCACCGCAUCGAGCUUCAGGUCACAUCCAGCCGCCGGCUGUCGACGCAGAGCCUUGGCCAGUACAUUGGCCUUUCGGCCGCUCCCUCGUCGAUCCCCGAAGCCGAGUCGGAAUCCGCCGACGUCGACGUCGAUGUCGAUGGCGACGCCCUGGCCGUCGCUCGCACCAGGACCGAGUCGGCGCCCAACAUCCUCCGGCCCCCGUCGUUCCCGACGUUUCCUUCCAACGCCACGGGCAUGUCGCUGGCUACGCUCCUCUCGCCGAGCGCCCACGCGACGCCGACCAAGCCGCUGCGCGUGCUCGAGGACUACAAUGCGCCCGUCUGGGUGCCCGACAACCGCGCCGAGAAGUGCGCGUGCUGCUCAGAGGCGUUUGGUAUGUGGCGACGCAAGCACCAUUGCCGCCUGUGCGGCCAGGUGGUCUGCUGGAACUGCAGCCAGCGGUCGUUCCUGAUCCCGGCGUACCAGGACGACGAGGACGACAAGCCGGCGCGGGCCUGCGACACCUGCUACGACUCCGUCUUCCCUCCCGAUUCGCCAGAGCAGACGGCCAUGGCGCUGGAUGUGGCUGAGCCGGCAGCGGCCGCGGCGGAACCACUUCCGACGUCAUCGACGAGGCAGACGGUCACCGGCGUCAAUAUGGCUGCGGCGCCGUCCAACGACGGCAGCGUCAGCGGCAGGAGCGGCUCGAGCAGCGGCCUGUUUGACUCGGACACCUCGCCUGGCUCGCCGGCGACACCGGCGGGCGACAUUUCGCCGCACUUUGCCCAGCACCCCGGCCGCUCGCCGCUCGGAUCUCCGCCCUCGAGCGCGACGAUGCGCCCGGAGCUUUCGUUCACCGACAAGGCGAUGGUUGGGCGGCCCAAGUCGCUGCGGUUCGACAACCUGCCGCAGCCGGUGUUUGCGCCCGAUGCCCGGUCGUACGGCGGCUCUCCUCCCAAGGUGCCUGCCCGGUCCAAGUCGAUUAGCGGAGGUGCGCCGCGGAUGCCCGAACGCAGCUCGGCCGCCGAGGCGCAGCUGUUCCAGGCGGCGCUGCACCCCCAGGUGCAGGCGGCGACAUCGGGCACGGGCACCUUCCGGCUGGUGACGCCGAGGUUGACGACGCCCGACUCGGAGGUGCCGCCCAACGAGUUUGGCAGGAGAAGUUCGCAUCCGCCGUCGAUGAUGGGCGGCGUCUCGUCCUACUUUGGCAACGCCGAGGGUGCGACCGGGACCGAAGGCACGGGCACCACCUCUGCAGCGUCGUCUGCUGCCGCCGGGUCCGCCCCGUGCCUCGAGGAUGCCGCCAACGUGGGCAAGGGAUCAGAGCCUUUCAAGCCUUCGAUGAUCCACGGGCCCAACGGCAUCCCGGCGCACCUACGGGCGCAGCGGAAGCGUCCGAUGAGCGCGGCCGACCGACUGAGCACCUUUUACGGCGCCAACCUGGCCCUCUCGAGCGCGAGCGAGGCGAGGAAGAAGUCGCAGUAG